AUGGCUCUUCCAGGGCGUUUUAGCGCGGGGGGAGGACCUGCAAUUCCCAACCGGCGUCUUGCUCCGAGUGCCGUGUUGCCCCGCUCCAUCAACUCGGCCAAGCUUCCUCCAAGCUUCCUCCUCCUGCCCCCCUCCUCCCUCUUGACUAGUUUGUAUUUCUUCCCAAAAAGCCACCCAUCCCGUCGUCCCCCUCCUCUUCCUCCUCCCAUGUCAUCCGAUUUCAAGAUUCCCCUCUCCCACAAGAGAGAUAUUUCCACCGACGAUCAAAGUCCUCGCAAGAAAAUGGCACAGCAAAGCACUGGCAAGUGCCCCGUCGUGCACACUGCCGACACUGGUAGAAAGAACCCCGACUGGUGGCCCAAUGCUGUCAAGCUCAACAUUCUCCGCCAGCACAACCCCUCCAGCAACCCCCUCGGCCCCGACUUCGACUACGCCGCUGCCUUCAAGUCUCUCGACUACAAUGCCCUCAAGAAGGACCUCCACGCUCUCAUGACCGACUCCCAGGACUGGUGGCCUGCCGACUUCGGUCACUAUGGCGGUUUCUUCAUCCGCAUGAGCUGGCACGCUGCCGGUACCUACCGCGUCUUUGAUGGCCGCGGUGGCGGUGGCGAGGGCCAGCAGCGCUUUGCUCCCCUCAACAGCUGGCCCGACAACGGUAAUCUCGACAAGGCCCGUCGUCUUCUCUGGCCCAUCAAGCAGAAGUACGGCAACAAGAUCAGCUGGGCUGACCUGCUUGUCCUCGCUGGCAACGUUGCCCUCGAGUCCAUGGGCUUCAAGACUUUUGGCUUCGCCGGCGGCCGUGCCGACACCUGGGAGUCUGACGAGGCCGUCUACUGGGGUUCCGAGCCCGAGUGGAUGACCGACAGCCACCGUUACAGCAAGGACUCUUCUGGCAAGCGUGACCCCGAGAGUCUUGAGAAGCCUCUUGGUGCUCAGAUCAUGGGUCUCAUCUACGUCAACCCCGGUGUUGAAGACCCCGUUGCCGCUGCCCACGAUAUCCGCACCACCUUCGGUCGCAUGGCUAUGAACGACGAGGAGACUGUCGCUCUCAUUGCUGGUGGCCACACAUUUGGCAAGACCCACGGUGCUGCCCCCGACAGCAACGUUGGCGCUGAGCCUGCUGGUGCUGAUAUCGAACAGCAGGGCUUUGGAUGGAAGAAUGCCUACAACACUGGCAAGGGCACUCAUGCCAUCACCUCUGGUCUCGAAGUUACCUGGACCUCGACUCCUACCAAGUGGAGCAACCAGUUUUUCGAGUACCUCUUCAAGUUCGAGUGGGAGCUCACCAAGAGCCCUGCUGGCGCUCCUCAGUGGGUUGCCAAGAACACCGAGCCCUUCAUCCCCGACGCUUUCGACCCUAGCAAGAAGCAUCUCCCCAAGAUGCUGACGACUGACUUGUCGCUCCGCGUGGAUCCGGCUUACGAGAAGAUUUCUCGCCGCUUCCUCGAGAACCCCGACCAGUUUGCUGAUGCUUUUGCCCGUGCUUGGUUCAAGCUGCUGCACCGUGAUCUCGGCCCCAAGGCCCUCUACCUCGGCCCCGAGGUUCCCUCUGAGGAUCUGCUCUGGCAGGACCCUAUUCCUACUCUUAACCACGCCGUCAUCGACAGCAACGACGUUGCCGCCCUCAAGAAGGCCAUUCUUGACACUGGCCUCAGCACUUCGAAGCUCGUCUCCACGGCCUGGGCAUCUGCCGCUACUUUCCGUGGUAGCGACAAGCGUGGUGGUGCCAACGGUGCUCGCAUCCGUCUCGCCCCCAUGAAGGACUGGGAGGUCAACAACCCCGCCCAGCUCUCCGAGGUUCUUGGCCAGCUCGAGACUAUUCAGAAGAAGUUCAACGACUCGCAGAGCGGCGGCAAGCGUGUUUCGAUUGCUGAUCUCAUCGUCCUCGCCGGUGCUGCUGGUGUCGAGCAGGCUGCCAAGGGUGCUGGUGUCGACGUGACUGUCCCCUUCACCCCUGGUCGCAUGGAUGCCACGGCGGAGCAGACGGACAUUGAGUCCAACAACUACCUCGAGCCCAUUACCGAUGGUUUCCGCAACUACGCCGGUAAUGGUUCCAUCGAACGCCUGGAGCAUUGGCUGGUUGACCGCGCUCAUCUGCUCACUCUUACUCCUCCUGAGCUCGCCGUCCUCGUUGGCGGUCUCCGUACCAUCAAUACCAACUACGACGGCUCUUCCCAUGGUGUUCUUACCUCGCGCCCUGGUACCCUGAGCAACGACUUCUUCACGAAUCUCCUCGACAUGAACACUGUCUGGGAGCCCAUUCAGCCCCAGUCUGGUGUCUACAAGGGCAGCGACCGCAAGUCUGGCGAGCAGAAGUGGACUGCCACGCGCGUCGACCUCAUCUUUGGCUCGCACGCUGAGCUUCGCGCUCUCGGUGAGGUCUAUGCCCAGGCCGACAAUUCCCAGAAGUUUGUCAAGGACUUUGUCGCUGCUUGGGAUAAGGUGAUGAACCUCGAUCGCUUCGACGUCGAUGUUGCCAGCAAGCCUCGUCUGUAA